UUUGUGCGUUUGUUUCUUUUAGUAGAAAAAACUACUCCAAAGAAAAGAAAACAUAAAACAACGAAUCAGGCAGGCCAUAGACUACAGAGAAAUUCGAAAACAAAACUCACCAAUCAAUAUGGGAGUCACCAAGGACGCCAUGGCAGACGCAGUCCUAACUUCCCUUUGGGUCUUCUCCAUGCCCGUCACCAGAAUCUCAACCUCCGUCUUCCUCACCUCCUACCUGGGAAUUCAAGGAAACUCUCUCUCAGGCCUUUUCGCAAACACCUUGUUCACAUCUCUUCUCCUCAUAAUCUUCAACCUAAUCUCCAGAGCCCUCGGCGGCGCCAGCUUCAACCCCGCCACCUCCGCCGCCUUCUUCGUCGCCGACCGAUCCCCCGGUGCCUCCCUCCUCUCCACCGCCGUCCGGUUCCCGGCGCAGGCCGCUGGCGGAGUCGCCGGCGUCAAGGCGAUCCUGACGCUAGUCCCACAUCGGUUCAGAGACAAGCUCAGAGGACCUUCUCUGAAAGUGGACGUGCACACCGGGGCUUUUGCCGAAGGGGCCUUGACUUUUCUUUUUUGCUUUUCGGUCCUUUUUGUCGUGUUCAGAGGGCCCAAAAGCCCAUUAUUGAAGGUGUGGUUGCUUUCGAAUGUGACUGCUGGGCUGGUUUUUGUCGGGAGUGGGUAUACUGGGCCGUCCAUGAAUCCGGCUAAUGCUUUUGGGUGGGCCUAUGCUAAUGAUAGGCAUAAUUCUUGGGAACAAUUCUAUGUUUAUUGGAUUUGCCCUGUUGUUGGAGCCGUUUUGGCUGCUGGAUUUUUUAGGGUUUUGUUCUCCAAACCGGUGGUGGUGAAGGAGAAGAAAGCUUGAAGAAGGUGUUUGGGUUGAUGUUUAUCCGUCUCUCUCUCUAUCUCUCUCUCUCUCUCUCUCUUUUAUUUAUUUAUUUUUACCAUGAAUUGAUAAAUUCCACUUUGUAAGUAGAUUAAUGAUCUGCGGGAAUAAUAUGGCAAUCGCUUUGUCAA